GUGGCAACCGACGCCGGAAGCGGAAGUGCGGCCCGUCGUCGUCCUUCUCCUCAGUCGUCAGGAUGGCGGCGGCGGCGACGACGGCCUGCACGCUGGAGUUUGCCGUGCAGAUGAGCUGUGAGAGCUGCGUGGACGCCGUCCAGAAGUCGUUACAGGAUGUAGCAGGUGUCCAGGGAGUGGAGGUGGAUCUGAUGGCCCAGAGCGUCCUGGUGAAGACCACCCUGCCCAGCACCCAGGUGCAGGCCCUGUUGGAGAGCACGGGCCGCCAGGCCAUCCUCAAGGGCAUGGGGAACAGUCUGCUGCGGAACCUGGGGGCGGCCGUGGCCAUGAUGGGGGGCACCGGGCCGGUGCAGGGCGUGGUGCGCUUCCUGCAGGUGUCCCCCGACUGCUGCCUCAUCGAGGGGACCAUCGACGGGCUGGAGCCUGGGCCUCACGGCCUCCACGUGCACCAGUACGGAGAUGUCACCCAAAACUGUGCCAGCUGUGGGGAGCACUUCAACCCCACUGGAGCUUCGCACGGGGGACCCCGGGACCCGCAGAGGCACCUCGGGGACCUGGGCAACGUCUACGCCGACGCCCAGGGGAGAGCCGUCUUCAGGAUGGAGGAUGAGCAGCUCAAGCUGUGGGACGUGAUCGGCCGCAGCCUGGUCGUGGACGCCGGUGAAGACGACCUGGGCCGCGGAGGACACCCCCUCUCCAAGAUCUCGGGGAACUCGGGGGAGAGGUUGGCCUGCGGCAUCAUCGCUCGCUCUGCCGGCCUCUUCCAGAACCCCAAGCAGAUCUGCACCUGCGACGGGCUCACCAUGUGGGAAGAACGGCACCGACCUGCCGCCGGGGAGGGGCGGAAGAAGCCCGCCCAGCCCCCCGCCCAGCCCCCCGCCCAGCCCCCCGCCCAUCUCUGACCGGCUCCUCUUCACUAAAGGGUCUCCCAGCCCCCUGCCCACCUCCAACCUGCCGUUAAUCUUGGAUAAAGGGUCUCCCGGCCCCCUUCCCGGCCCCCUUCCCGACGCCCGAUGCCCUUCCGACCUGCACUUCAUCUUCAAUAAAGGGUCUCCCGGCCCCUUAGGACCGGCCCGCCUAGGAGGAGACUAGCCGAGAGCCGCCUGACUGUUGUAUCGUUCGUUAAUUGAAGCCAAGCGGGAGCAGACUGCCGCUAGCUUUCCGGAGGGGGCGGGAAAGAUGGCGGCGGGAUGGCGGUAGCCUUGCUGUAGAGCAUUCCCAGAUGCCUCAUCUCAGUUUUCUCUGCAAAUUAAUUAAAGAUUUAUUUUCCUACUGAA